CUGUUCACGGGCUUACAAGCAGUGGAAAACUAGAGGAAAGAAUGGAAAAUAUUUCAAAACUUCAGCUGUGAUAUGAUGCAAGUACAGUCUCUGAUUAAGGGUGUAGAGGAGGCAUCCGUUCGAAGCAAGAGAACAUAAGUGCUGUACAGUUUGAUUAAAAGCUGCUUGAAGGAUAUGUCUGUUACUUAUAUUGUAACUUGGAUUCUAUAGACAUAUGGCAGAAAACACAAUUCUCCAGAAAGCAAAAGAUUUUGACUGAUGGAAAACAGAGGACAGCAAUCCAAGAGCAAUCCUGGCAGAGGAGGAGUAUGAACCUGAAGUUUACUGUUGAAACUAGACUUCUGCCUUGGGCUUAAGUACCACGCUCAGCCAGUUCUACCAUUGACUUCAGUGUGGGUCUGCACAGAUGCAAAGAACUGCUUUUUUGGACCUGACUAAGUCUGGAGCUUAAGUAUUGUGCUGGCAUACAUAACGAUUUGGAAAUACAGUGGUUGGCCUGAACUCCUUAAGCAGUGGGACAAUUACAGAAAUGUAGAGAGCCUGUGAAUUGAGGCUAAUCUGGCUUUACAUAGAGACUGACGCAGUUACUCACCGGCCGGCAUGUCGGUCAAACUCACAUUUGUGUCCCCUGGUGAUGGGGGUGGUAUCAGCAGGAGCUGUUCCUUCACUGGCUUCAGCACUGUGCAAAGCAGAAAACUGGCAAAGUCUCUCGGCAGAAGUUCAGUGAGAUCAAGAAUGUCACUGAAAUCCCCCAAGGCUUAUAACUCCCUGCAGAAAGGGGCAGUCAUCUGGGAUCCAAAGCCACUGCAGGUGAAGAAAAUUUUUGAAGCUUUGAAGAAAGGACUUAAUGAAUACUUGGAAGCACACCAGGCUGAACUGGAUUAUCUUUCUGGUCGACACAAAGAUACAAAAAGGAACUCCAGAUUGGCUUUCUACUAUGACCUGGAUAAGCAAAUCCGCUUGGUGGAGAGGUACAUCAGAAAACUGGAGUUUCACAUAAGCAAGGUAGAGGAACUCUAUGAGGCUUACUGUAUCCAGUGCAGACUACGAGAUGGGGCUGCGAAUAUGAAACAUGCCUUUUCCUUGUCUCCUUCCACCAAAGCCUCCAGAGAGAGUCUAGUGGAGCUUUACAAGAACUUCCAAGAGUGCACAGAGGACAUGUGCUUUAUAGAAGGGGCAUUGGAGGUCCAUUUGGGAGAGUUUCACUUGAAGAUGAAAGGGUUGGUGGGCUUUGCACGUCUCUGCCCAGGGGACCAGUAUGAGGUGUUUGUGCGACUGGGGCGCCAAAAAUGGAGGUUGAAAGGCAAGAUUGAGACUGAUGACAGCCAGACAUGGGAUGAAGAAGAAAAGAUCUUUAUACCAAAUCUCCAUGAGAAGCUUGAAAUCAAGGUGACAGAGCUACGAGGACUGGCCACUAUUCUAGUUGGUGUUGUGACGUGUGACAGCAUAAACUUCUUUACAACCAAGCCUCAGGCAAUCAUUGUGGACAUAACUGAACUGGGAACCAUCAAGCUACAGCUGGAGGUCCUCUGGAACCCCUUUGACACAGAGAACCUGUUCUUGUCACCUGGAACCACUGCCAAGUUUUCUGUGAGUAGCAGGAAAAGCUCAUUAUACAACUGGACCCCACCAAAUACUCCCAGCUUCAGAGAGAAAUACUACCUGUCUGUUUUGCAACAAAGGCAGAGCCAAGCGGAUGGAAGUGAUGCUCAGCCUCCCAGCAUACUGAGCUAUUUGGCUGCCUGUGAUUUCGAUGUGCAUAGGAGGAGCAAGCCUUGCACCCCGGCAGAGACAAGUGAGGCAGACUCGUUCAGCUCUGAGGAUCAGAAAGGGAUGGAAUCCAGAACUGCAACUCCAGCUCUAGACCACAGGACGUUGCCAUUGGUGAUGAUCCAAGAGACCUGUGCAGAAGAGCGGCAGCAUCCUCUUCCAGAUCACACAACUCUGGAUAUCCUGAAGAAGACGCCGUGUGUGGAUGGAUUUCCAAGUAACCCACCGAGUUUUCGGAGUCGUCACAAAGGUGGAGAUUCUUUCCACCAGACCAGAACCCACCGUCUGACAGAGCAUGAAGACUUCAGCCAGAAAAGCUUGACUACUGCAAAUGACCUAAAGCUAGACGGACAUACAAAGUCAAUUGAUAAGACUCUCCAAGAAGUGUUAAAUUUGCUGAAAUCACACGAUGUGGUGCAAGCCCAGCUGGAGAAAUUGGAAUACCAGGUCUCAUCCCUGAGGGAUAAAUUAAAGCUAAAGCCACUUCAUCACAAACACUCAUCUAUGGAAAGCUUAAUGGUGGAGACAGUACUGGAAAGUUUUGACUUUUUAAACGCUGACUGCAGCGCUGAUGAGCUCUCGUUGUUCGGAAGCGUACGGACAGCCAGUAUCAGCACAUACAAUGACAACACACUGCAGUCCCUGAGCUGUGACAUGAGAACAGAAACAAGAGAUGUAACUACAGGUGAUGACAACUUAGACACGCUAUUGGUAACUCAUCUGAAGCUGUGCAAAGGCCUUUUGCAGAAACUGAGCUCACCCACUGUAGCCCAGGUUGUCCAGAAGAGCAUCCUGGAAGAAGUGUCGGAGCAGACACGGGUCCUUGGUGAUGUCUUGGAUAUGUCUGUUGAAGAAAUUAUUCAGAAGACUAAAAAGAAGAAGCAGUACCUGAAGAUCUGGAGUGACCUUGCAGAGCCCAGCAGCAUCUUGUUUGCUUCAGCAGAAAGAUUCCGUCACGCACUAAAAUACACCCUGAUGCUCAAAGUGAAGGAGAAAUACCCCCGUCAGUUAGAAGCAGUGCUGCAGAGGUUGCUGGAGCAGAUUGUCACCUGUGAUGGGCUGCUCCCCUGCCUGCCCCUCCAACCAGAACUGGUGACUUCAUUCCAAUUUUACAGCUACCUGGAGAAGCACCACAUCACCAGCCUGGAGAAACACUUGGGAAAACUUGCUAAAGAAGUGAUGUUGAUCGAGGAGCUGCAGUGCCCUGGACGGCUGAAGACUCUUAAGAAGCUGAAAGGAAAGCGGCUGAACCGGCUCCAGCCGCUGCCGCAGACGUUGCGGCUCCUGGGGCUUCUGCAGCUGGAUGACAACCACCGCGUCAGCAAAGCGGCCACGGCCUGUCUGUGCCGUGCGGCGGCGAGCCGGAACUGCAGGGAAAAGGCUCUCUUGUUUUACACCGAUGCUUUAGCUGACUCUGACACAAGACUUCAGCAAGCUGCUUGUCUGGCUCUUAAAAACCUCAGAGGUGUUGAGAGCAUCGAGCAGGUUGCCCAGCUGUGCCAGUCUGAAGCAGAGGAAGUGAGGAAUGCAGCCAGAGAAACAACACUGUCCUUUGGUGAACAGGGCCGGCAAGCCUUUGAGAAGAUGGACAGGAUCUGCUGUGAACUCAGAGACACCGUACAGCAAGAGGCUGAAAUCGAAAUCACAGUGUUUUAGCAGCAGAGACGAGGAGCCACAUCAUGGUGUUCCCACAGCCACACAUGGGUACCUGAGGAGCUGGUUGUGGUGUUCAUCAAUACCUUGUUUACUUAUGCCCUGCUUAAGUAAGCACAGAUCUAUUCCCAAAGGGGCCGUUUGCAGUCUGCAGGAAGCAGGGGGGAAUACUUCUUUACUGUCUCAGCACAUGAUGAAAUACCAAGUGCUGGACAAAUGAAAACUGGGAUCUCUUAGAAUAUGGAACCAGGUUGAGUUAAACUCCCCACCUUACUGGAAUCAGCUGCCCCUGCUCAAGAGCUAUUUUUCCGUGAAGUCUUCUAUUUAUUCCUUAUAGAAGAGAGAAACAGCAGUCCAUCUAGAAACCAGCAGACACCAGGUCAUUUACAGCAACUGCCACAUCCAUCAAAGACUAUCCGGUGGUAUUGCUUGGUGUUUCCUUCCCUUGUACAGUUCAGUUGCAUAAGGAAAACUUUAACAGCCAAUUUCAUCAUCAUUGCAGUUUAGGACAGGGGACUAAGCAAGGACUGACACAUGGAUCCUCAGCAGUUACUGUACCUGGCUUGUGCAGGUCUGAGAGACAUGGACAGCGCUGGAGAAGUUGGUUUGUUGUUGUUGGUUUUAAAAUGUAUUCAUUUAGCCAUAGGUCAAAACUUCUCAUAAUUAUACAGCAUUGUCAGGCUCCUUACUCAGCAUUGGCUACCCUCCAGUGAGCUCACUAAGAAGCCUGGCUUCAGGUAAAAUACUUGACAGGGUUUGGCUUUUGUGUGUAUAUAUUUUUAUACAUAACUUUUUCUAUUCAGUAUUUAUUUGUUGGAUUUCAUCCUGUUUUCUACAGUUCUAAUAAAGCAUUUGAGACAA